UCUGAAAAGCAAUCUACGUAUGACUGAAAUGCCCUUUGUGACAGUUAUUCCCAAUUUAGCUGUUGGACUCCUUGCCUUUCAUGCAUUUGGCCUUUUUUGCUCUGGCACCUGACAGAUCGACACUUCGAUCGGUUGUAAAAUCGAACCAAGACUCCUGAAAGUAUUUCGAAUUUCUUCUUGCGAUUUUCGACCAAUCGAUCAAAAUGAGAAUGACGUUAAUACAAAAAAAUAUAUGGAAUUUUUCCCUAUUGUUCUUUUUUCGUUCACGAAUGCUGGAAAAUGGAUUUUUUCUGGGAUUAAAACCCCGCACCGUCGAUGCCCUUUCAUCAGUGGUGCUGCUGUGCCAGGGCAGAUAAAGAUAAUUUUUGUCUUAAGGGUGUUGAUUUCAUUGCGGAAAAGAUUAUUUGUAAAACCUUUCCGCGACAGUCUUCAAAAACCAAGCCGAGAGCAGCAGAUAGUCAAAGAUGCAAGGCCUGUGUUAUCGAAACGCUAUGUCGGUGUUAUCUUUAAUUUUAGUGGCUACAAUUUCAAUCUCGACUGCAAAAUUCCCGGACACAGCAAGUAACGAUUUCCCGCUGGAAAAUUUUGUUCUAGAUCAACUUUGUGGGCAAAUGAAAGCAGAUCAGACGCUGAGCAACAGAUUACGAAACGUGGAUUACCAACGCGAUGACGAUUUGCGUUACCUUGACCAGCUGCAAGAGAAAAGGCAACGAGAUUUGUAUGAAAAAAAUAAGAGACAUGUUCGCCAUUUUUACGGUUUGAUGGGAAAACGAUCAAUCGGCGACCAACCAAGCAUAUUCAAUGAAAGAGCAUCGUUCACUGGCUUGAUGGGGAAACGGGGCCCGAUUCCAUACGGUCGAGAUUCGAACAUUUUGAAUCCUGAACCGAGACUUCCCCUCCAAGAUAAAACAUACAACGGAGAUUACUUGUUUGGAGUUCCACAGAACGAUAGAGAUGCCAUUGGUCCUGACAAUGUACAAAACGACAACCCAGUAGCCAAUCGAAUGAUGCAAGCGAUUUUGAGCACAAUCUUGAAUAAAUACUGUGAUGAAAACUAAAUGUUCCGUAACCUAGUCGACACAUUCGUAUGAAGUGGUUUCAAGUGUCGCGUUGUAUUUUUCAUCUUACAUGCUUUCAAGCUAAUUGUAUAUACUGUGCGUUUCCGUAUAGUUGUAGAAAUAAAAUAAAAAGAGCACACUAUAUAU